GAAGCCGCCCCAGUGGAGCGGAACAGGACAGGGACUGGGGAUGUGAGGGAUGGGGAGGUUUUUUGGGAGAGGAGGGAGGUGGUGAUGCUGGUCCAUUUCAGGCACAAAACAGCCUCUCCUCUUUUGUGGACCUCCAUUGUUCUGAGCCUCAUUAGCACUAGUUAGAAGGGUCCUGCGGGACAGACGGCGUCAUUCUGCAGCCGCUGCUUGGCUUGUUCACAGCAAACAGAAAGGAAAGCUCAAACUGGGACACAAACUGGUGCUUCUCUACUUUUCAUUGCAGGGUUGAAAACGGCAAAGUGACAACACCAACUGCUGGGGAUUGGACUCCAGCAUGGACACCUCAGAUUAUGGAAACGUAGCCCUGAGGAGAGGGAGCUAUGAUGACGCAGCAGCUUCUCUUCGUCCUCACUUCAAACACCUGGCUCAGAGGCGGCGUUCAGCCCCGUCGCUGGCGUUAGGGAAGGCUUUGGGGAUGCCAUGGUCUCCAAUCAGGGAGGAGGUUUCUUGCUGGGUUUCUGUGGAGCAGAGUCCAUUUGUCCUUGGCCUCACCAGCGAGAACGGAGACCUACUGUUGGACGAGUGUGUUCAGGUCACAGAGGGCACGAAAACCCAGGAGAGACAUUUGUUCCUCUUCAGAGACGUCAUCAUCUUCGCAAAACUCAAGUCGACAGCCAGUUACCGCUUGAAGCACCGGGUGAACCUGGAGGACGUCUGGCUCUAUGGGUUCGAAAGUGAGUCUGAGGAAGAGGAGGGAGCGCCGGGCGACAUCGACCUCAGGGUGACCCUCAUCCUGGCCUGGGAUCUCACUGUGUGUUUGGUGUGUUUCUGCUCGCCUGAGGUAAAAGAACGCUGGUCAGAUACUCUUCACAGCAAAAUUAAAGAGGCAAAAGUGAGGGCUGGUUGUGCUUCUUCACCUCCAGACGUACUCAUGAAGGUGUUGAGUGGAAACAUCGCAACUAAAACUCUAACCGGAGGUGGCAUGGAACAAUUAAUUGAGUUUCGCCUUGAUGGCAAUGCAAAUAUCUCCGCUCCAGCAAAGGACUUGAAUGAGGAGAAGCUGACGCAGUCCAUUGACUCUAAAUGGAACCUGGUGAGGAGGCUGAAAAAGGGCCACAGUUUCAUCAGCAAAUCAAGAGGGUCAGAUGCAGACGCCAAGAAACAGCUGUUCGGACAGCCCCUCAGCAGGAUCUGCCCCGACCAGGCCUCACUUCCCAAAUCAGUCACAGAGAUCCUGAUGUUGCUGAGGAAGAACGGCCCAUCCACAGAGGGAGUUUUUCGGAAGCAAUGCAACUCCAAAAACAUGAAGGACGUCAGAGAGCAGCUUAACAGCGACAUGGAGGUGGACUUAGAAGGCCAGCCGGUUGUUCUGCUCGUGGGGUUACUCAAAAGUUUUCUGAAGGAACUUCCUGGUAGCCUGCUGGUGACUGAGUUUUAUGACAAGUGGAUGGCAGCUUUGGACUGUAAGGACGCCCAGCAGAGAGCCCUGGAAAUUAGAAAUGUGGUGGAUGAGCUUCCGAGGCCUAACAAACUCCUCCUGCAGCACCUGGUCUGCGUCCUGCAUCACAUCCAGGAGAGCGCCGACAUCAACAAGAUGGACGCCUCCAACCUGGCGCUGUGCAUCGGGCCCACGCUGCUGCAGCUGAACGCCACCCCCCUGGAUGAGCAGCCGGAGAAGAUGAAGAAGGUGACAGAUCUAACUCAGUUCAUGAUCGAGCACUGGGAGCUACUUGGAGAAAAUAUCCCCAAUCUACUGGACACAGAUGAAGACUCACUGUCCUCCCAGCAUCAUGACUCUGCAUACGACAGCACCGACCCAGAUGGAGAUGGAGAAGCAGGAGAAAGCACCAGCUCCGCACAAGGAGACACUGGCUCCUCUUCCUCCCUCAGCCCCAGCACCAACACUUCCUCCUGGACCUCCGACGCCGCCUUUCUCACAAAGUCGCCGUUCAACCGCCGCUGCUCCGAGCCCAUCAUCGUCCUCUCGGCCGAUCUGAAGGGUCUGUGCAGCCACGCUAGGAGCCACGACGACUGCUCAGUGGAGAGGAGGGACUAUGAGGAGCAGCCUUUGACCAAGCAGAUCUCAGAUGACUCCUUCUUGCUCAGAGGAAAAGGUGGAGUGAGACCGGUUGUGGGUUUUCACAAACUGAGCUCUAACAUGGAGAUCUAUGCCACAGGCGUCAGAGGCUGCUCAUGCUCGUCUUUGGAGAGCACCGCCUCGAACCAAUCAGAGGGCUCUGUGUUCACCAGCUCUCCACAGGGGUCACCAACCUGCUCCAGGAGGCCUAACCAACCCACUCCAGUAGCAAAGCCCCAGCCGGACAUUCCCACGCCAAUUUCAGACGAGAGGAGACGCUCCCAGUCCAUGAGAGUCACCAGUAAAGUCCUGCUGAGGACCAGGAGCUUAGGUGCCUUCAGCAGGAACAGCCUGAAGAAAGGGGACUCUCAGAAGGAAAACUCCUUCCCCUGUGAAACGCUGCAGGAGGACUCUCAGAGCGAAACAGACGCGCCCUCCGAACUUCUGCCUAAGCCGCGCCCCUUGUCGGCCAUCGCGCUGCCGUGCAGGCCGCCGUCGUACGAGCAGGCGGUCCAGAACGCGGGGCCUCCUCCGCAGUACGGCUCAAUGACCGUACACGACGCCAUUCAGCUGGAGAGGAGGUCCCGCCCCUCCUCUGUGAACUAUGACUGCCCUGUGAACCAGUACGUGGACUGCUUUGGUCAGGACAGAGGCGUCAGCGUCCAGAGGAGGCAGCCUUUCCGUCAGCGAGCCAUGUCCGAGUCGGUGUCCGCAGGCCGCCACGAGGCCGUGUCCCGGCGGUGCAGCCAGCCCGUGUUUGAGGAGUUUUCUUAUGCUAAGGAGUCGUACGUCUGAGGGACUUGUACAGAUGUCAGAGGUUUCACACACUGGAUUUCACUCGUACAGACCGACUUAAAGGCAGAAAUAAUUCAGACGUAGGACACAAAACAGACUAUUUUAUUCAUACUGCUAGUAAGCUACCUGAAGUAUAUUUUCCAGUCACGUCAUCAGGGCGCUGACACACCUUUGAGAAGGUUAACCAGAUUGACCUUCUGACUUCGACACUGGGAGUGUCUGAACUCUACCAGGGCUUGAGUUGCUUUCAUGCUGUGCACCUCCCUUUACUCUUGUAAAUGAGGAAACUGUUUUAAGGCUGAGCAGCUCCGUGUUUGAGAAAAGCUGUAAAUGUACAUAAAAUCCUGUAUAUUUUCACUGUCUCACUUUGGAAAAAUGCCAUGUCUGUGCUGCCGUGAUGGUUGCACUGUGUCAGUAGUACUGUUUAGAGUACAUAUAGUAAUAUAUGUAUAGUUAUUUUGAUAGAUAACUAGUCUAUCACAAUGAAGCUAUAAAAACACGGUUUACUGUGGUUUAAAUAUGCUAUGUUUUUUUUUUGUAUUCUGUGAGUUUUCUUUAACAUAGUAACUUGUACAGGUGAGCACGCAAGUUUUUGGCUUUUUGUAACAUCCUUCUGACCUUGCAUGCUCUUCUUCUUUCACUACAUUGAAGCACUUUUCUGUCAAAAAUGCAGUUUACUUGUCUGCUGCACAUUUAAAUAAAGUCCAGAAGCACUUGA